AUGACCGCUCACAUCAUGUGCGUAACCUCAUCUGGCGGAAUUCCGUUGUUUGUACGAAAAAAAGGAGACGGAGAAUUGAUGACUUUUUCAAAAAUGGCUUCAUUAAAUGGCGUACACAUGUUUUUGAAAACUCAUAACAUUGAACUCAUUAAUACUGAUAUGCCAGAUACAACAGUUGUUUGGAAAGAGUUUAAGGACUGUAUUACAUUAAUAGUAGUUGCUAGUAGUGUUACAAAGCAAGUGCUUAAUAAAUUUUUAAAUGCAGUAUUCAAUGCGAUGAUCCUAUUAGUUGGUCUCAAAGACAUCGAGAAACCUCGAAGUAUAGAAAGACUGAAGAAAGAUUUACGAAUAUGUUAUCCGAUCAUCGAUAGACUCUUAGAGUGUCUUGACAUUGGAGAUAGAACUACUACAAAAACUGAUAUAAUUGACUUGACGAAUUGCAUUAUGUGCUUAGAAAAUCACUUACUUCAGGUUUGGGAGCUAGCAUAUCGACUAGUCAGUGUAAAUCUAGUGAACAACGUCCAAGUUUUGGCCCUUUGUGGUCCUAAUCCAACAUUAAAUGAGAUUGAAAGACUAGCUACACAAUGUUGGCGAAGCAGUCUAGAAUCAUUGAGAGUAUCAGAACAAUGUUACCCUCGGAAUUUCCCAUCAACAAUGUCUGUAGAUCCUGGAGUGUUAGGAUUUCUUUUAGUCAACUGCAAGAUAGGAAAAUACAUUCUUAGUAGAAACACUCAGCAUUCCAAAAAUUAUGGCUCAGGAACUCAUCGUCUUGAUACUUUGAGAACGUUUUAUCAUCACGCUGAAGAAAUACUUUCACAACCUUUUGAUUCUCUGAAAUGUAAAGUUGAACAAUCAUCGUGUAAAAGUUCUGAACAAUUUAAGAAUACGAAAGAGACCUAUUGGUGCUCAGAAUAUCACAAGUGUCAUGCACUAAAGGAAUCGGAACAUAUUAUUUAUGUAUUAUAUCCAUCGGCAGUACCAACACACACAAUGAGAAUUAUUUCUCAAAAAACUUUAAAAAUACUUGUGUCUGAUAAGCAAAUUUGUUGGUAGUAUUAAA